ACAGCGGCAGGUUUCAGCAGGGCACCGCAGAUUAGAUAAUCACAUUUAUUCUCUCCUUGGGGAGCAGCGGGGACCAAUGGAAGCGGAGCGACGAGUUGAGGACGAAAGAAAAAAGAAUAAUUGUAUUGUAAUUUAAUCCAACUCCAGAGCUGCCGGACAGACGACGUGUGCAGACCGGAGAUGCUGAACGGACACACGGCGAGCCUGCAAACUUCAGAGUGGAUUUAUGAACUGUGACAAUACUCCUGCUGGUUUCUGAGCUUCAGUUUAUUAAUAACAAUAAUAUUAACUACUAUGGCUUAAUUAGUGUGGAGCGUCUUAAUUAUAGCAACAGAUGAGAAAAUGCACGGGACAAAUAACAGAGACAUUAAAGAGCUGAGGCAGCACACCUGCGCCCUUUAAGCUUCUCUAAGGAUCCUCCUUCUAACUUCCUGUCAACUGGAUAUAUAAGAACCUAUUCCAUCCCGUCACAUACACUGAAGCCAGCAUGCCCAUCAUCAGCAAUGCCAACCACGACUUCAGCACCUACUCAAUCAGCAGUGACGACAGCAGCCUCGACCAAUUCUUCACCGAGAUCCCGGAGACUGAGACCAUCAAGGGCGUUUACUUCCAGCGUGCCCAGCUCCUUCGAGACCCCAAGGCUUCAUACGUUGUCGACCACACCCUGCAGGUUCUCAUCAAUGUCGGGGGCAACCGCUACACCUUCCCCUGGAGCACCUUGGAGCAGUUCCCCCAGAGUCGUCUGGGACGUCUACGUUUCUGCACCACCCCAGAGGAGAUCGCACGACUCUGCGACGACUACGACGAGACGUGCCAGGAGUACUUUUUUGACCGAAACCCGACGGCCUUCAGGGUCAUCCUCAACUUCUUGGCCGCGGGGAAACUGCGUCUGCUUCGGGAACUGUGUGCCGUGUCACUACACGAUGAGCUUAACUACUGGGGUGUGGACCCGAGCCAUAUGGAGCGCUGUUGCCGCCGUCGCAUGAACACCCGUGUGGAGGAGGUGGCCGAGCGAGAGCGUAAGGAACAUGAGUGGAGGCAGAAGAGGGUGAUGCUGAAGAAAAGCACCACAGAGACCAAAAAGGGCUAUCACAAACUGACCUGGAUGCUUCGAGAGGUGGUGGAAAACCCUCAGUCGGGGUUGGCUGCGAAGAUGUUCGCCUGCCUCUCGGUGGUCAUGGUACUGGUCACCGUCAUCAGCUUGUGCAUCAGCACCAUGCCAGACCUCAGAGAUGAAGAGACCAGGUGCGUCUCUGUGUGUCUGCAGGGCGAGUGCUCCCAGAAGUGUCAGAGCAUGUUUGUGGUGGAGUCCAUCUGUGUGGCGUGGUUCACUUUGGAGUUUCUGCUGCGAUUCGUCAACGCUCAGAGCAAGCUGGCCUUCGCUCGCGGCCCCCUCAACAUCAUCGACGCCAUCGCCAUCCUGCCGUACUACGUGUCCCUGGUCGUGGAUGUCAGAGAUGAGUCGCAGGAGGACGUCUUCAUCGUGGGCGCCGGCAGAGGCUAUCUGGACAAACUGAGUCUGAUCCUGCGCCUGCUGCGGGCCCUGCGGAUCCUGUACGUGAUGCGGCUCGCCCGCCACUCUCUGGGCCUGCAGACGUUGGGGAUGACCAUGCAGCGCAGCAUGAGGGAGUUCGGCCUGCUGCUGCUGUUCGUCUGCGUGGCCGUGACCCUCUUCUCGCCUCUGGUCCACCUGGCGGAGAGCGAGCUGGCGCCGUUUGCCGCCACGCACCCCCAACACAGCUUCAGCAGCAUCCCGGCCUCCUACUGGUGGGCCAUCAUCUCCAUGACCACGGUGGGAUACGGCGACAUGGUGCCACGCAGCAUCCCCGGACAGAUAGUGGCGCUGACCAGCAUCCUGAGUGGCAUCCUCAUCAUGGCGUUCCCCGCCACAUCCAUAUUCCACACCUUCUCCCGCUCUUACCAGGAGCUGAAGCAGGAGUACGAGCAGCUGUGGAAGGAGGAGAGAGGCGAGGAAAUAGCCGCCGAGUCGGAGGAGAGUUGGUCCAAAAUCAAUUUGUCACCAAACAAGUUCACGUCUGUGUCCAACGAAAAUAAUGACGGGCUGAUUUCAAGCAAGAGACAUCAAUCCACAGUUCCAUCGACAGCUUUCUAAUGGAUCGUGAAGAGAGCAGUGAGACACCUUCAUUCAGUUAUUAUGUGUUAGAAAUGGUGACAACAUACUCUAUCCUAUAUAAGCACAUUUAGACCGUUAAGGACUGUUAUAUUAUGGACAGUGUGUAACACUUAAAAGUUCUUGUCUGUUCAUGUCCAAACUAUAUAAUACUUAUCAGGUUAUAUUAAGCUUUUUUUUAAAUUCAUAUCAGCAAAUAAAUUACACACAAACCUUUACUGAAAGUAGUACAGAAAUCUGAAUUAUUUUAUUUGUGUAGGAAAAUAUAUAAUCUAUAAUCUUACUGAAACUAUGUGCACAUUUUCACAAAGAAGUAUACAUACACAUAUAUGUUAAAUACGAUUUAAUAUUUACCAGCGUUGAUAGAGACACUCGUGCUGUAUAAACACCAAACGUUGAUACAAGGCUUUUUUCAUUUGGCGUUAGCCGACAUUUUUCUAAGUUUGAUGCAUUUAUGUUUUUGUUCCAGUCAGAAAGAAGAAGCUUGUUAGCCUAGCUUGCUAACGUUAGCACUGAUUCCCAUUAGACGUUAAGGUCUCUAGCUAGCAUUAGCCAUCUCUCUCACAUCAUGGUCCAGUUGUGAUAAUAAUUGUAUACACACACACCCACAUAGCAUUAGCUGGCAGCCAUUAGCAAUUUUGUUCCAGUCAGAAAGAUAUAGCUUGUUAGCCUAGCUAACGUUAGCGCUGAUUUCCCACUACUUUAGUUUUCGUUCAUGUUACGUAAUUUUAAAAGGGAAAAAGGAGUGUUUUUUCGAACACGGGGCCAUGUCGGGUAGAGAUCGACUUGAACACAGUCAGUGUUUCUUUAACCCUUUAGCAAAUUGUUUUAUUUAUUAACGGUUAUCAAAUAACAAAAACUAAAGUUAAUUGUCAUAUUCAAUCUUUAUUUAAGUAAAGGAGUUUUGCCCACAUCCUUUAACACCAACCAAGUAAACUCCUGUUUCCAGGAUAGUUGAAAUGCGCAUUGUACAUUGCUUGUAAACAUUCUCUACCCACCGCCAUUUUCUGGACAGUGCCUGAUCGGUACUGCACACGUUUAACUCUCAACAGAGAUGAGAAGGAAGCGAGAUUGCUCACUCCUCAGAUACUUCCAUCAUCAGCUCCGGAGAAAAAAAAAUGUGUUUACUAAGUCAAUGGCUAGAUUCAGCAGCCCAACGUGGCAUUUUACUUGCUUCUGACAAUCCUUAUUGUUGAGCCCUGCAAUCUCACUACAGAUGAAUUAAUACAAUUCAAAAUUCUUCUUAUUUGUAUUUACAAUUUUGGCCCAAAAAGUGCAAACACACAAAGAGGAGAUUUGCAUUCUAUUGACAUCUUAGAAAAAAUAAUCUUAACUUCAUUUCGACUUUAAAGGAAAAAACAAUUAAUUAGAACUUUUAUUUUCUAAUUUUGAUGUUGUUUGCAGAUUAAAUGAGUAAUUUAGAAAACCAUGAGGGUAGAUGAACACAAACGUAAGUAACAAUACAGAGAAACAAAUACAAGCACAAACAAAACAAGUCACUUUGUCCAUUACUUCACUGUUUAUUUUAUGUUUGUAUUUCAAUCACACGUCUAAUGAACGUGUUGCUUUCACGCCACCAACUCUCACAUCUUUGAUGUUGGGAGUGUCCUUAAAUGCACCAUCAUGCUGCAUUAUCAAGUGACAAUGAUUUCUGCGCAAGUGAUGGUGACAAAAUCUUCACUGUGAAAGAUUUCACCGAAUACGUGUCCCGUCUCUGUCGGUUAAUUUUCAAGUGGAUAUCAGUUUGCUGUCUGGAAGGUAGGAAAGUAAUUUAAACACCUUCGGUUUGCUGUGGAAAAUCACGAGCAGCCGUGUUUAAGACGUGUAUUUAAUGUGUAGAUUAAUGUCAUAAUCUUGUUGCUCUUCUUGUCUCGCUGUUUGUCCAACCAGGCACUUUUAAAAUUGACAAUAAAAUCUAUUGCUGUUAUUUUUAACUGCCUUAGCGUAUGAAUGGUUUGUUCACUCUGCUUGAAAGUCAUGAAAGUAGUUCUCGACAAAGGAACCUCAUACUGUAGCUCCUGACCUUGAAGCACUAGUUUAACUAUUUAAAGUUACAACAAGCAACGUUCAUUUUAUGUCGGUUUUGUCGGUCCCCGUGGACGAAAGCGGGAUCAC